AUGUUUGGUUCUGGGAGAAGCCUUUUCUGUGCGUGUUCAAAACCUACAGAAAACUAUGAACGAAUGAAAGCACUGGUAACCGAACUCCAAGAGCAAGCAGAAAAAAUCAGAUUAGGAGGUGGAGAAAAAGCUCGUAAGCUUCACACAUCAAGAGGAAAGCUGUUGCCCAGAGAGAGAAUUGACAGGCUUAUUGAUCCAGGGUCUCCAUUCCUGGAGUUCUCCCAGUUUGCAGGUUACCAGUUGUAUGGUAAUGAAGAAGUACCGGCAGGAGGCAUUAUCACAGGCAUUGGACGAGUAUCUGGGGUGGAAUGCUUGAUUGUUGCUAAUGAUGCAACUGUCAAAGGUGGUACCUAUUAUCCCAUCACUGUGAAGAAACAUCUGCGUGCUCAAGAAAUAGCAAUGCAAAAUCAUCUCCCUUGCCUGUAUUUGGUUGAUUCAGGAGGAGCAAAUUUACCUCGACAAGCAGAAGUAUUUCCAGAUAGAGAUCAUUUUGGCCGUAUUUUCUAUAAUCAAGCAGUCAUGUCCUCACAAGGAAUUCCACAGAUAGCAGUAGUAAUGGGAUCUUGUACAGCAGGAGGAGCAUACGUACCUGCAAUGGCUGAUGAAAGUAUUAUUGUUGGCAAACAGGGAACAAUAUUCCUGGGAGGGCCACCACUGGUCAAAGCAGCAACAGGUGAAGAGGUAUCAGCAGAGGAUCUUGGAGGGGCAGAUCUUCACUGCAGAAAAUCCGGUGUAACAGAUCAUUAUGCAUUGGAUGACAGUCAUGCACUUCAUCUAGCAAGGAAAGCAGUAAGAAGUUUAAAUCUCCGAAAGAAAAUAGACGUGACUACAGAACCAUCAGAAGAGCCUUUANNNCCUGCUGAUGAGAUAUAUGGAAUAGUUGGCGACCAGCUGAAAAGAAACUUUGAUGUCAAGGAGCUCAUUGCUAGAAUUGUAGACGGAAGUAAAUUUGAUGAAUUCAAAGCCUUGUAUGGGGAUACUUUAAUUACAGGAUUCGCAAGAAUAUUUGGUUAUCCAGUAGGAAUUAUUGGAAACAAUGGAGUUCUUUUCUCAGAGUCAGCAAAAAAGGGUACACAUUUUAUCCAGUUGUGUUGCCAGAGAAAUAUUCCCAUUGUGUUUUUGCAGAAUAUUACAGGUUUCAUGGUUGGUAGAGAAUAUGAAGCUGGAGGAAUAGCAAAAGAUGGUGCCAAGAUGGUAACAGCUGUAGCUUGUGCCAGUGUACCUAAAAUAACAGUGAUUAUCGGUGGGUCUUACGGAGCUGGAAACUAUGGGAUGUGUGGAAGAGCAUAUAGUCCAAGAUUUCUUUAUGUGUGGCCAAAUGCUCGCAUAUCAGUGAUGGGAGGGGAACAAGCUGCAACUGUUCUAGCUACAAUAGCUAAGGACCAGAAAGCAAGGGAGGGAAAACAGUUAUCCGAGGCAGAUGAAGCAGCUUUGAAGGAGCCAAUCAUUAGGAGGUUCGAGGAGGAAGGAAACCCUUAUUAUUCCAGUGCAAGAUUAUGGGAUGAUGGAAUUAUUGAUCCAGCUGACACAAGACUAGUUUUGGGCCUCAGUCUCAGUGCAGCAUUAAAUGCACCUACAAAGAAGACAGAAUUUGGGAUUUUCAGGAUGUAAACUUCAAUGUACUCUCAGAAUUGCCUCUGUAUAUUUUAAUUGGGCUUGGAGAGCAAUCUCGCUACAGUGUCGAGGUGAUUAAAAAAUAAAGAUCUGUACAAUGCUAUU